UCCUGGUCAUUUUAAAUUUGAGAUACAGAUAAAUAACUCUCCUCUGAUGCUCUUCUUGCAUCUCAACAUCUCUGGGUUCAUUCCAGUGAUGUUCUCUGACUGUCUGCCUGACACUUCAGUGCACCUGCACACAGAUCUUCAUUUCGUCCCAAGCUUUCAGUAAAAGGUUGGAGACAGCUUGUGUUAGGUAGGGGUUGUACCAUGUGCUAAGAGUUUCCUAACUAUUUCUACCCAGCAGUUGUUAGGGAUACAAAACAGUUAAAAGCCUUAGAUAAUUCUGUUCUGGAUGGAAGUUAAAAUGACAUUUUAAAACCAACAACAACAACAAAACUUUCCACAGAUCAACUCAGUUCUCUAAGGAGUCUAUGGUACUGGAAGUCCAAAUUUCAAGCAGGGUUAGAACUGGGCUGAUGAUUUAAAUAGGUUAAAGGCUCUGGAUUCCAUUACUAAUCCCAGAGCCAUGCAAUCCCCCUAUCACCACAGUGAUACCAGUGAGAAAGGCGGCAGGCAAUACCACAGGUUGAACUUCAUGAUCUAAUUGUGCUGUCUGAAGGACCCAGUGCUCACCUGCUAGUAAUGAGUCAACAACUUUUUUGCACUGAGAACACCCAUUUGCUCCCAGUUGACUAGGAGUAGAAGCAGAGAGAAAAGAUAGAAAAGAAAAAGAAAGUAAGGUACUUCCUUCCCCCAGAAAACUAAUAAUCCAAGUACAAACACAAAACACAAAUAUGUGAAGAACUUGCCAGGCAAAUACAAAAGGAGUAUAAAUCCAGAUAUUAGAAAAAUAUCAUGUGGGAGGAGAUGCUUACAGAUAAGGAAGGCCAGAGGGGAACUGGAACAUUUCAGCAAGGCUUCCACGGGAGGAACAUUGUGAACCAGGCCUGAGGUAGUAUGGGCCAUGAUUGUGGAACUGCUGGAGGGACUUGUGCAUGAGGAAGAAUAAAAUGUGAAAGCACAGAAGUGAGAAAAAUGAAGCCAAGCGCAGAGUGGGCCAUCAGAUUUGUUUUGUUGGAAGAAAUACUCCAUACCUGAGUACCAUGGUCAGUUGUAUGAAUAAAGCAGGGCCUAGCUUAUGUUAGUGGGUCCUUAACUAACUCAUUCAUUCAUUCACUCAUUAAUUCAACACACAUUUAGAGACUACGGGCCUUAAGAUGGUACUUCUCUAGAUACAGACUAAUUUUCUGGUCUUAUUGGGUUACGUCCUAGGGAGAGGAGAUAGAAAAUGAACCAAUGAAUAAUUAAUAAAAAAUAAAACACUACUUGAAUCUAUUUUGUGAAUAAGACCCUGAGGGCACAUGUUGGCUUCUUGAGUAGACUGAGAUAUCAUGGUAUGAGGCAAUGUGCUUAGGGGAUGCUGCUACUCUCAUGGGCAGUCUUCCAACAUUAUUACUAUUCUCUCUUUUAUGUUCCACGAUAAUAGUAGGCCCUGGUGCAGAGCAAUGAAAAUACAAUCAAAAUGAUGCCAUCGAGUUCACGUGCAGUGUGUUCCCAGGUCAGGUACGCUAGCUAGCAGCAUGUGUAGAACUGUCCUUAAAGUUUGAGCUUAGCUAAAUUUGAACAAUGAAAGUUGGUAAAGCAUAUAUCAGCUGUGUUUUGAAAAUUGCCCAUGGAAAACUGCUUUUGUUUUUUCUCCUUGGAAAGACACACUACCACGUAAAAUUUCAAAUAGGUCAUACAUUUUGGCUCAUAAAGUACCACCAAUCAAAAAUAAUUUCAUACUGAUCAUUAAACCUAGUCAUAGAAUUAUUUUGACUUCUACACUUACUAAAUUUCCUUCCAAAGUAAGAGAGAGUAGUUGAUCCAAUAGUAAUGACAGACACUCCUUUAAUUUGAUAUUUGGAAUACAUAAGCCAAUGAGAAAUAAUUUACAUUUUUGUGUUUAUCUUCAGGGAAGUGGCUUGUAAUGGACAGAGCUAUGCAGGGAGAGGAAUGGAGACUCUCUUGGAGGGUUGGUCUCUGGUCUGAGGAUGGAGUUAAGAUGGUUCUUAUUUCAGUUGUUCAAAUGAUGCUCUGAGACUGCUAGACCAGCCAGAAAACAAAACAUGGGGACCAAACAAUAGUCAUAUGAAGGUUCAAGUCAAGAAGCAUCAUGAACAUCACUACCACAAUAUUCUUAUCUUUUCUGAAGGAGGGUAACCAAAUCCUAAGACCCUUCCACUUUGGGAAAAGACUGGAAAACGAGCUGCUAAAAGAUAGCUCUCCUCAUUUAUUAUCCAAAACACUAAAUAAUUAGCCUUUGUUGUUGUUGUUUAACUUCCUUUUGUUGGAAAAAUGCUCAACUCAGUUCAGGAAUUUCAUGGGCCUUAGUACUUUGGUGCAAAUAAGAAGAUACUGCUUCCUUGGAGGCAUGCAUAGCACUCUGCCAGAUUGUACAAUAUGACCGGGUAGAUUUGGCUGAAUUUCCUUGGCCAGGAACACUUGUAUAGUACACAUCCUGUAUAACCUCUCGUGGUGGCUCUGACUUAGUUGAAACAAGUGAGUGCAUUAGAGAGAGCCACUAGUAUUAUGUAAAUCAGCCCACAAGACUCUCUGGUUUUUUGCGCUUCUUCAAAAGCACAAAUUCAUUUUUAUUCUGCCUAUUGUUUGCCAGGUUUAUUUACCUGCUGGAAGCUCCCACAACUAAGCCUCUCUUAAUAAAGUCAGUCUUUACCACAUCUACCCCUGUAGUAGUAGUUCCAGCAUCCCUAACUGCAAUAAGGAUGCAAGGUGUCAGAAAGGAUCUUUCCAUGGCCAGGAAUGCAGGUAGCACAAGUCCAUAGAAGUGGAUUUCCUGGAGUACCCAGAGAAUCAUGUGGUCUAUCACACUGAACAGAGCCAGUCAAUAAGAAAGUUCUCUAAGAACUUAUAGCUGGUUUUAUCAGAUUAACCCUUUCCUGUUUACUUUAAAGUUCUGGAAUUUUGAAACUUGUUCACUCCAUAUGUGAGACUAGACAGUAGUGACUCAGGAAGAAUAACUUGAAAGUGCUUGAAAGAUCAGUUCCUUUUUUUUCCCCCUUAAUAGGCUCCACUUUGAGCAUGGAGCCCAAUGUAGGGCCUGAACUCAUGAUCCCCAGAACUUAUGACCCUGAGAUUAAGAAUUGAGCUGAGAUUGAGUUGGAUCCUUAACCAACUGAGCUGCCCAGGUGCCCCAGUUCUCAUUUCUUUCUACUCAAAGUUUCCUUCAUGUCUUCUCUGUUUUGUUUAAUUCAUUAAGAAGCUUCUCUGGGCCAAGCUCCUUCUAGAGUCCUAAAAGGCACAGAGAUAAGUAAUGUAAAGCCCUUACCUCAAAGAGCAUAGAGUCUGUUAGAGGAAGUUGGACACAAAGACCGAAUAACUGCAGUUCAAGGCAGCCAGUUAAAACCAUUACUGAUGUGAGGAAAGGAAUAAAUUAGUAAAUAAGCAGACACAGCAUUAAAAGUUAAGAAUGUGAAAGGCUCACUGUUCUCUAUUCCUGUCUCUUACUUCUUCUUGGUUUGAGUUUUAAACUUCUAAUGUGCUAUGUAGAGCAGUAUCUUCAGACAACUGGUAGGCUGAGAUUAGUGUAAGUCAGAAGCAUGGGAAAAUGAGUUCUUACAAGCCUAACUACAGUUAUUAACGAAAAAAAAAAGUCCCAAAUUAGAAAAUGCAGACGUGCAAAGGGCAAGUAAUUAAAGGUUUCAAAAGUUAGGUUGGGCUUCAUAUAUAAUACUGAUGAAUAUGUUAACUGCAUUUAUAUUUGUUCAAUGGGGAAAGAUGAAUGCAUUUUAGUCCUUCAUUUUGCAUUUUUCACAUUAACUGUAUGUACUGUUCUAUGUCGUUUGCUGAUAAUAAGAAACUGCCUCUUUCAAAAUUAUACCCAGUCAUGGAUACUAAUGAUGACCCUGAUGACGACCAUCUUACAAGUUAUGAUAUUCAGCUCAGUAUUCAAGAAUCCAUUGAAGCCAGCAAGUCUGUAUUUUAUUCUGAAAGAUUUGCACCACUAAGUGAUCAAAACAGAAAACUUGUGGAAGCCAUAAAACAAGGUCACAUUCUUGAGCUCCAGGAAUAUGUGAAAUAUAAAUAUGCAUUGGAUGAAGCUGAUGAAAAAGGAUGGUUUCCGCUGCACGAAGCUGUUGUUCAACCCAUUCAACAAAUACUUGAAAUUGUUCUGGAUGCAUCCUACCAGACACUCUGGGAGUUCAAGACCUCUGAUGGAGAAACACCCUUGACUUUGGCAGUCAAAGCUGGUCUGGUGGAAAACGUAAGAACUUUACUAGAAAAGGGAGUGUGGCCAAACACCAAAAAUGACAAAGGAGAGACGCCCCUUCUGAUUGCUGUAAAAAAUGGCUCCUAUGAUAUGGUGUUCACACUGCUUAAACACAACACCAGCCUUGACCAGCCCUGCAUCAAGCGAUGGUCAGCAAUGCAUGAAGCAGCCAAACUAGGCCGCAAAGAUAUCAUAGCUCUGCUACUAAAUCACGGAGGCAAUGUCCACCUGAGAGAUGGAUUUGGGGUUACACCAUUAGGCGUUGCUGCUGAGCAUGGUCACUGUGAUGUGUUGGAACACCUGAUCCACAGAGGUGGUGAUGUGUUUGCUUUGGCGGAUGAUGGGGCAUCAGUGUUGUUUGAGGCAGCAGGAGGGGGCAAUCCUGACUGCAUUUCCCUCCUGCUGGAAUACGGAGGAAGUGGAAAUGUACCCAACAGAGCAGGGCAUCUUCCAAUACACCGAGCUGCCUAUGAGGGACAUUAUCUUGCUCUGAAGUAUCUUAUCCCAGUAACAUCCAAAAAUGCAAUCCAGAAAAGUGGCCUAACACCAAUUCACUCUGCAGCAGAUGGACAAAAUGUGCAAUGCCUAGAACUGCUUAUUGAAAAUGGCUUUGAUGUCAAUACCCUGCUUGCUGACCACAUUUCCGAGAGCUAUGAUGACGAGCGGAAGACGGCGCUGUAUUUUGCCGUUUCUAACAAUGACAUCCAGUGCACAGAAGUCCUUCUGGCUGCAGGUGCAGACCCAAACCUAGAUCCCCUCAACUGUCUACUUGUGGCAGUGAGGGCCAAUAACCAUGAAAUUGUCCGGCUGCUUCUCUCCCAUGGAGCUAACGUCAAUUGUUAUUUUAUGCACGUGAAUGACACGCGUUUCCCCAGUGCCAUUCAGUAUGCCCUCAAUGACGAGGUAAUGCUGAGGCUGUUGCUGAAUAAUGGCUAUCGAGUGGAGAUGUGCUUUGACUGCAUGCAUGGGAACAUCUUUGGAAAUACAUUUGUGUGGUCAGAGAUAGAAGAAGAGGUACUACCAGGGUGGACAUCUUGUGUAAUAAAAGAUAACCCGUUUUGUGAGUUUAUUACAGUUCCUUGGAUGAAACACUUGGUAGGCAGCGUUAUUCGUGUAUUAAUUGAUUACAUGGAUUAUAUUCCUCUGUGUGCUAAGCUGAAGUCUGCACUAGAAGUACAGAGAGAAUGGCCAGAAAUCCGUCAAAUACUAGAGAAUCCUUGCUCACUGAAGCAUUUGUGCCGGUUAAAAAUUCGAAGGCUUAUGGGACUCCAGCGACUCUGCCAGCCAGCCUCAAUGGAGAAGCUCCGUCUACCACCAACCAUCCAAAGAUACAUAUUAUUUAAAGAGUAUGAUCUCUAUGGACAAGAGCUAAAUUUGCCGUGAGUUUAAAAAUAAUAUUUUUAAUGUGAUUUAAAAGAUAUUUUAAAAUGGGAUUCAUUCAGAAUUUUGUGGAAUCGUUUUACAUCCUUAAGGGUGUUUAAAUCCAUUAACAAUUUUAUAACAAUACAUCUUUAAAGAAGUUGGUCAAUAUUUGGUAUGUGAAUUUCUAUUAAUUAUCUUCACUUCCAGCAAGUCUUCAAAUUCUUCCUAUCAGGUGUCUCCUACAAUAUCCAUCUCUCCUGUGUUUAUAAAACCAAGAACCACUUUCUCAAAACCACAUCUCCAAGCAGUUUGCGGGUUCUUUCCCUUCUUUUCCACCCACACUGCAUGAAAGCGCUCCUUCCUGCCUACAGAUGCACACACUAUCCUCUGGCUUCAGCUCCCUCCACAGCCUCUCAAGGUCUUUGACAACUGCCUCGUUGCUAAUUUCAAUGAGCUUUCUUUCCUCUGUCCUUUCAGCUGAUUUCUGCAGCAUCUGGCACUGCUGUCUGCUCCCUCCUUGAAAUGGUUUUGCCUUUGUUUUCAGGACACCUUGCUCUCUUGGCUCUCUUCCCACCUCCCGGACCGACUGCGUGUCUCUGGCUUCUUUCUGUGUUGCUUAUCUCCUGCCAACCCGUCAGUAUAUGCCUUAAGCCCUGUUUUCUUCUUAUGCUAUGUUAUCUGAGAGAAAUGUCAUCCAUGUCUAUGGUUUCAAAAUUUAUUGGCUAGAAAAUUUAUAUCUGAAGUUCAACUCUUUCUCUCAUCCUAUGUAAACAAGUAUUGUAAUGGACUUUUAAACACAAAGGCACCUCAAACUCAACAUGUCCUCAAAUGAACUCACUACCUUCCUCCACAAUAAGGCUCCUUUCUAGCUUAGCUCACUAGUUAAGCCCAAGUAUUGUCAGUUUCCUAAGGAAAAACCUGGACGUCAGCCCUGACCAUCCUAUUUUUCUUAUCCAAUGUAACAAAUCACCACAUCCUGGUUAAGUUUGUCCCUUGAAGACAUUUUCUAUUCAAUCUUACUGAUUUCGCCCUAAUUCUAGCUAUUAUCUUCUUUUUUCCUGGGGUACUAUAGCGCUGCCUAACUGGCCUGCCUUCUUGCUCUCUUGUUCCAUUUAACACACAUUCUACACACAACAUCCCAAAGUGAUCUUUUAGAAAUCUAAGUAGGGAUUCACUCCCCUGCUCAAAAUCAUUCCCAUUGCUCUUAGGAUAAAGUCCAAAGUUCUUCCUGGCCUUUCCAGAUCUAAAUCCCUGCCUUCCUCCUUAGCUCUAUCUCUUGACCUCUCCCUCACCCCGCUCCUUUAACCAUAUAAAACACCUGCUAGAAGUUCUGUUCUUCAAAGAGUGAUUCCUAGGUUUACAGAUUUUAUACACCUGUAGUUGUAGUUUUGUUUUUCUAAUUUAAAAAUAGGUUCAUCUAUUUUUUUUAAAAUCUAUCACCUACUGUCACUGUCAUUUCAUAAAAGAGGGGCCAGUUGGUCCCCCCAGAAAACCAGUUGGUCCUGAACCCAAUUAUUAAAAUUGAAUGACUUUAGCUUUGAAAAGAUCUACCAUACUGUCUUCAUUUCCCCAUUAAUGGGUGAAAAUUUCACUCUGGCCCAACAAAUAUCUGAGGUCCUUUGUUUGGGAGCCACUGUUGUAGAAAUAGACCGUAUUCUCUUAUACCUUAGGAUCUUUGCAUUUUUUUUCUCUCUGUGCCUGGAAUCCUCUUUCCAUCUCCUUCUUCCCCUCCCACCCCUUCUCCAUGUCUCAGCUUAGAUGAUCCUUCCCAUAGAAUGGGAGGCCCCACCACAGACUUCUCAGGCUGUAUUACAGGUGCCCAUGUUCUCAUCUGCCUGCCCCAGUAGACUAUUAGCUCUACGAGGUCAGGGGCUAGGUCUGUUUUCCAAUGUUUUCUUGGAGCCAAACACAUUCCCUAGAGCACAGAGAAAGUUUCAAUAAUUAUUUGUUGAAUAUACUGAAUGAGAAAUUUUGUGUAAGACCCAGACAAAAAUAAUCAGUAACCUCAUCACUAUCAUGGUAAACUGAUAGUUCUGAAUCUGUGAAUUGGUUACGUAACCUUAAUCAUGUAAUUAUUUAGAUUUGCUUUUCUUCAAUUUUAGUAAUGUGUUUUCCUUACAUUUAUUUUUAUCAUUAGAGUUACUUUAUUUUUCCAAUGGUGAUACCUGAUUGGUUUGUGAAUGUUUCAAAUUGUAUUAUUUAGCUUUAGUUAUCUUUAAAAGAUAAAUAAGCAUGAAAAAAAAAACCUGUACAACUAGAGCUAUAGUGUCAACUUCCUGAAUUCCCUAGAGGAUAAUAUUUUUAUAUAAAUUGAACUGUAAGUAUUUAAUUCAAACUAUAAUGUUUUGUGUAUAGCAUUGCACGAUUCCUCUAUUGUUCUCCUAAUUGUGGCUAAAAGGCAUUGUUAUCUGUAAGUGUUGCUCUAAGUAAAUACAAACCUUAAUACUGGGGAUGUAAGUCUGCUAUGUGAUAUUUCAGAUAUUAAAUAAACUAAA